AUGGCCAUUUCUCAGUGUUUUCAGGAACUAGCAAAGCCGUUCUUCGUUAACAUGGACACAGAGUGCCCUCUACUGUGCUGUUUGGAUGUGCACAUCUCUGAAGCGCCCGGCUCGGGCCAGGGCGCCGUGGGCCAGGGGAGCGCCGAGGACUUGGGCCUCCAGCAUCUCUCCAGCGGCCUCUUCUUGCGGGAAGACAUCAAAGCCGACACCGAAGCUGGUGAUCCCGCCAAGCGGUACAGACCAUGGCCGCGUGGUCCCAGGCCGCGUGACCACACGCCUGGUGCGGUGGGAGCUGGAGAACCGGCGGGAUCGGCCCGGCGACUAGCGAUUUUCCCGGGACCUCAGUUUAGGCUGAAGCCCUGGAUGGGAUCUGUGCCCUGGCUCGGUGAUCACUCUGAGCACCGCAUCCCGCAUCGGAAACACCCAGAUGAUCCCAGCCGAGGUUGGGCGCGCCCCCUAGCGGAAGGGUGUAUAACCUGUACUUCAAUCCACCUCUCCUACCUGGGUGAUGACGUCACCGGCGGGCGGUGGGUCCAGCAGGAGGAUGCUACACCGGAAGCAGUCAAUGUCAGGCUAAGCCAGCACCAGGAGGUGGCCAACCCGGUCGUUAAACUAUGCAAGACCCAAGGAGUGCGCCCCCAGUUUUCUGGAACGGAAACUGACCAAAUCUGCCCCUGCGUUUACACGGUUUUCUCCAACAAGAUCACACCUAUUCAGUCCAGAGGAGCAAGGUGA